AUGUAUAUUGGCCAGGUUACCAAAAAAAACAAAGGUGGUGUAGAGAAAUCAAGUGAUGCAACACAAAAACAUGAGAAAAAUGCAAAUGCCAAGAUGUUACCACCGGCAGAAGAGGACUUGAUGAAAAGUGUGAUUUCAUAUGAGGAUUUGAUUGCAACAAUUGAGAGCCGACUGACAGAGGAUAUAUCAGACCACUCUUCAGUAGAAUACCCACCAGCUCCAAGUCAAUUGUGGUGGAGAGUGGGAAAAAAAUUCUUGGACAUAUCUCAAAAUAGCCAGACACAAGUGCAAUUUAAGAAAUGGAAAGAGAAAAUGAAGUAG